AUGAAUCCUAUUGUUUCAUGCACCUUAUUAAUUACUCUCGGACUUGGAACUACAAUCACAUUUGCAAGCUCUCACUGAUUUCUCGCCUGAAUGGGCCUUGAAAUCAAUACCCUUGCUAUCUUACCGCUCAUGGCCCAAUAUCAUCACCCCCGGGCAACCGAAGCCACCCUUAAAUAUUUCCUUACACAAGCAACUGCAGCUUCCACCCUCCUCUUUGCUACUACCACAAACGCCUGACUAAACGGACAGUGAGAUAUUCAACACAUAACUCACCCACUCCCCAUUACCCUGUUCACCAUCGCCCUGGCCCUAAAAAUUGGCCUAGCCCCUCCCACCAUCUGACUCCCUGAAGUUUUACAAGGACUAGACCUCAUUACAGGACUUAUCAUAUCCACCUGACAAAAACUUGCCCCAUUCGCCCUACUCCUCCAAAUCUACCCCGCCAACUCGACCCUUCUUAUUAUGCUAGGCUUAACAUCAACCCUUAUUGGGGGCUGAGGCGGAUUAAACCAAACUCAACUACGAAAAAUUCUUGCCUACUCCUCAAUUGCCCACCUCGGCUGAAUAAUCCUCGUCCUACAAUUCUCCCCCGCCCUCACCCUCCUCACCCUCUUCAUAUAUAUUAUCAUGACCUUCUCAACAUUCCUCGUAUUCCACCUAAACAAUGCAACUAAUAUUAAUACCCUGGCUACAACCUGAGCCAAAACCCCCGCACUCACGGCUCUCACACCCCUCCUCCUCCUCUCCCUGGGAGGCCUCCCCCCACUCUCAGGCUUUAUGCCAAAAUGACUAAUCCUCCAAGAACUGGCCAAACAAGACCUAGCUUUAACCGCCACCUUGGCUGCACUUACCGCGCUCCUCAGCUUAUACUUCUAUCUGCGAUUAUCAUAUGCUUUAGCCCUAACAAUAUUUCCCAACAACCCAACAGGCACCCCACCUUGACGCCUUCAGUCACCCCAAAUUGUAUAUCCCCUCGCCCUUUCAAUUACAGCCACCCUUACACUCCUCCCCCUCACCCCCACCAUCACAGCACUAAUAACUCCUUA